GGACUUCUCGCUCGGAAUUUUCUAAUGUGCUAGGUCUGGCAACUUGAGCGUGUUUUGGUGGCUUUUCAGAUGCUUUUCAGUACAGUGCAGUGCUUUUCAGCAUGCUUAUUAGCAUUUUUAGUCGCUCCCGUGCAAUAACUUUGUAUAAGCAGUAUAAGUGUUCUGUGAGUCUACGGCGCGACAUGAAAAGCGACGUUCUGCGCCUGCAGUGAUUUGACGACCCGGUCCUUUUGCAAGAAAAGAGGUACCAUCACGAGUUUCCUGGUGCUUGGUUCCUGGUAUUGUGAGCAAGACCCCUGGGCCGGAGUCGUAUGGCGCGAAAGGGGUGGGGUCCCUUGACGCGAAUGAGCCUUGCUCUGGGCCGCCGCCUGGAGGGUCGACCUCUGGCGUCUGAGGUGCUCAGCUGCCAUCUGCGACAGCGAGGCCUUCCCCCGUGGACCUCAUUCCUGGUGCGUUAUGCAGUGGUGCGCAACGACCAGUUCGGUUGGUCGCACUUCAACUGGCUCGUGGAUGGAGCAAACUACCACAUUCUGCGGACGGGAUGCUACCCGUUUAUCAAGUACCACUGCUCGAAGAGGGCACCGCAAGACCUCACCGCGGAAGACACAUUUUUCCGUCUGCUCAAGGUGCUCAAUUUGGGCAUACCUACUCUGGCGUACGGCCUGGGCUCCCUGCUCAUGAUUCGGCACAGCGAGGUGGUGCAGACUUCCUGUGGCUCCGUCACUGUCUACUUCCUGUACCCCGAGAAACCAGGAUCUCAGUACUAGGCUGCGUUGACACCGAAUAUGUACUUAGUGAACGCUGCUCACACCGAGGAACAAGUCGGUUCUGUUUGUAAUGAGUGCGUAACCUCGUUUCAUUAUGAAAAAGAAUAAAGGUUUGAAAACAAGAAGCAAAUUAA